AUGAGUGGGGUCCUGAAGAGGAAGUAUUCCGAGGUAGAAGAGGAGGAUCCUUGCUACUCCUCCUCCUCUCCCUCUCCCCCCUACUCCUCUCCCUCUCCCCCCUACUCCUCUCCCUCUCCCCCCUCCUCCUCCUCCCUCUCCUCCUCCGCCUCCUCGGAAUGGGAGUCGGAUGAGGAGAGCUGCAACAGUGACAACCAAGACUUCACCCCUGCCUCACCUACCUCCCAUCUACCCAGUAAGUCAAUAAGAAUGAUGUAGCUCCAUUAAACACAUCUCCUGAUGAUCCAUGUUAUUGCAAUCUUAAAACAAUCGUUUGACCAGUAGAUCUCAUGAGGAAACCCCUUGAAUAUAUAUUCACAUUUUUACAUUUUAGUCAUUUUACAGUUAGUGAGUGCAUAUAUUUUUCAUACUGCCCCCCCCCCCCCCCCCCCCAGUAUAUGUUAAUGUAUAUUUUUAUGGUCAUUGGUCAAUAACCUUGCAAUAAACAUAGUCUUCUCUUUAUAAUAAUGCAAAGCUACACUGUUGUUAUCAGAGUCACUGCCAGGGAGUGUCCCGUUAUCAGACUACAGCCCGGCUGCAGCCUGCUGAUAGCAGAGAAUAGGCUUCUCUCUGAGGGACUGGGCUUUGCCCCUGACUUGACUGAAUCAUUUGACUAAAGCAGUAUAAUGUGGAUUACAGUUAUCAUGCUUAAACUGCAAAUAGGGGUUCAAUGUUAUUUAAUUCAAAGAUCACUACGAACUCCAGUUCCUCUGUUUAUUCACUAUCUUGCACAUAGACACACUUCCCUUAGGGUCAACAUAGUCUAUUAGUCUGUGGUUGACAUUUUGAUUUCACGGACAAAAAAACAUACUUCAUGUGAUAAUUAUUUGUUCUCCACAACGAACAUUGAGAGUUAAAUUCAUUACGGUAUGGAAGUGAAAUAGCUCAUAAAUAGUUCAUCAAUCAUGAAACUACCAUCUCCCCCACAACUGUAAACAUACUGUGCCCCAGUGUGGAAUGUCUGUAGACAGAAUAACAGCAGCAGGACUGGGGCGGCGUCCCAAAUGGCACCCUAUUCCCUAUGGUAGUGCACUACUUUUGAUCAAGGCCCAUAGGGAAUAGGGUGCCUGGUCAUUAGCAGUGCACUAUAUAGUGAACAGGGUGCCAUUUGAAACACACAAUAGGUUACUACGUAGCUUGGCUGAGUGGUUGUUUUACCAACCUCCUCACUUUUGUGUUCCUUCUCCACCUCCAGCAUGUGUGAAGGUCAAAAACGACUCGUUAUCAUGAGGUUUGAGGCCAAACGGUCAAAUGAAACAGUGACCUGAUGGGUCUUCAGUGACCUGAUGGGUCUUCAGUGACCUGAUGGGUCUUCAGUGACCUGAUGGGUCUUCAGUGACCUGAUGGGUCUUCAGUGACCUGAUGGGUCUUUAACAGUCUCUUAGUAGUGGGGUGACUAGUACUUCUCACCAAUCUGCAGAGAGGUUGGAGGGUCUUACUAUAAUCUAAGCAGGGUCUCUGUCUCUGUGUUGACACUGGCUUACUCUCUCUUCAUUCUCUCUCAUUUGACUUCUGUUGCAUUAUUGCAGUGGAUACACUCCUUGGUGUUUGUUUCUAACAAAUAAACUCCCCCCAUGUUGAACUCUGGUGACCCAGUUGACACAGUUGUUAACACUGGGUUGUAACUUGUAACCGUUGACAGUGAUUGAGGCGUCAUAGUCUGCCACCCAGUGGCGGCUGACAGAACUGCAGGAUCAGCACUUUCAGCAUACAACAUACAGAAGUGAUAUUUAGUAGCUCGAACAAGCUGACAUUGACAAAGGCAUAGAAUACACCAACUUCUUGUCGUGACUCUAAACCCUGUUUCCUCUUCCUCCUCCUCCUCCUCCUCCUCCUCCUCCUCCUCCUCCUCCUCCUCCUCCUCCUCCACCAACAGUCCGCUCCAUCCUGAAGAGCCCAAAACUUUCCCAUGACAACAGCAGCCAUGGCAACAGUGUUGCCUUCAACCAGGUGACGGUGUUCCUGUUCCGGCGUUGCCAGGGUUUCACCAGCGUUCCGAGGCGCGGCGGUGCAACCCUGGGCAUGGUGAGGAAGCACAGCGCCCUCCGGAGGUACACGCUGGCAGAGCACACCCAGGAGAGACGACAGAGGCGCAGGGAGAGACUCAGAGAUAGACUGAGGGAGGAGAGGCUGGAGGCACUCAGACAGAGAGUGAGUAUUCUAGACUUCUAAUCUAAUAGUGAGCACUGUAGACCUCGUUGCCCGGGCGGUUUCCCUUGACCCAGAUUGAGGUUACCCCAGGACUAAAAAGCAUGCUGUCCUGUUAAUCUUACAGUAACUUAGACUUCAUGUAUAUAUUACAGAAUAAAGCAUGCAUAGGUGUCACAGUCUCUCUGAUGUCUUUUGAACAAAUCAAAGAUGGGUGAUUCCACGUCAAAAAGCACAGGAAAUGGGAUGAACCCCCACCAUCUCAGAUUGUUCUGCAAUUUGUUUAUGUUGUUAGAAACUGAUAAGAUUAGCAUUCCUGCAACAUUAUUUUGUUGAAUCGUGAAAAUGCUAAUAUAGGUACCAUUGACUUGCAUUGGAUUUGUGCCACAAAUACAAAAAAGUUAGCAUUUGAAACAGUGGCCAGGUAAAUAAAUCCAAAGCAUGGGUUGCUGUCGUACCUUGUCCAUAGACUGCUGACAAGGUAAGAAAACCAACAUGUAAUUUUGUAAUUUGGGUGAACUAUCUCUUUAACAUUGAAGGGGGGAAGAACAGCACCAUCUUGUGGUCACAAUCCGGUAAUAUCAGGAUGUAGGAUAGGACAUAAACCUAACAGCUUCAAUGACUCCUUUCUGAACAGGGGUAAAAAGAAAACAUCACCAAAUUCACUGAGAAUACAUUACAUUACAUUACAUAGGAUUACAUUACAUGACAUAGGAUUACAUAGGAUUACAUUACAUUACAUAGGAUUACAAUACAUAGGAUUACAAUACAUAGGAUUACAUCACAUCACAUAUGAUUACAUUACAUUACACAGGAUUACAUUACAUUACAUAGGAUUACAUAUGAUUACAUUACAUUACAUAGGAUUACAUUGCAUUACAUAGGAUUACAUUACAUAGGAUUACAUAGGAUUACAUUACAUUACAUAGGAUUACAUAGGAUGAAGAAAUAAUAUAAUCGUAGCUCCAUACUACUGGUCAGACAUAGAGAACUGAUGCUAUAUACCAUAGGUAUCGCGGUAAUAGUUGGAGCAGAAUCAGUGGAAUGGUAUCAAACACAUCAAACACAUGGUUUCCAAUCCAUUUGCUCCAUUCCAGCCAUUAUUAUGAGCCGUCCUCCCCUCACCAGCCUCCACCGCUGUAUACUCGUUGUUGGGUUAGUUCAGGUGUGGGGGGUUGUGGGUGGUUGGGGUGGGGGUAUGUGGGUGGUUUGGGUGUGGGGGGGGCUGUGGGUGGGUUGGGGUGGUGGGGGGUAUGUGGGUGGUUUGGGUGUGGGGGGCUGUGGGUGGUUGGGUGUGGGGGGUAUGUGGGUGGUUUGGGUGUGGGGGGGUAUGUGGGUGGUUUGGGUGUGGGGGUAUGUGGGUGGUUUGGGUUGUGGGGUGGGGUUGUGGGGUUGGGGUGGGGGGUUUGUGGGUGUUGUGGGGUUGGGUGUGGGGUGUGUGGGUGGUUGGGGUCUGUUGGUGGUUUGGGUGUGGGGGGUCUGUGGGUGGUUUGGGUGUGGGGGGUCUGUGGGUGGUUUGGGUGUGGUGGUGGGGUAUGUGGGUGGUUUGGGUGUGGGGGGGUCUGUGGGUGGUUGGGGUGGGGGUCUGUGGGUGGUUUGGGUGUGGGGGUAUGUGGGUGGUUUGGGUGUGGGGGUAUGUGGGUGGUGAUGGGGGUCCGUGGGUGGUUUUUGACAAUUUCUUUGGAUUCCUCAUGUCUUACUCAUUGUUAGAAAAAAAGUUUGGUCCAAAUCAGAUGUUAGGUAUAUUUAUAUUUAUUGAAUAUUAUAUGGAUCCUAUGGGCAAUUUGGGUGCAAUCAAUUAGCUUAAUUUCUCAGAGUUCAAAUUAUAUUUCAACAAAAUAAUGUUUCAGGAAUGCUAAUCUUAUCCGUUUCUAACUACAGAAAUGAUUUCAGAACAAUCUGAGAUGGUGGGUGUCAUGGCUUGCUGAAAUGACAUGGAACGACCUAGAUGGCCGAUACUUCAUGCAUCUCAUCUUCCUUGACUUCCUUGAAAAUACUCUAAAAGCAUUUAAAAGGAAAAGUUAAGGCCUAUGUGUACAGAUUAUAUUUUAAGUAACUCUCUUCUCUCCAGCUGACAGCCAGUGGCGCUAUGGACCAGGAGGAGUUGGAUCGCCUCACCAUCGAUCAUAUCGACCAGGUCCCAGACGAGGACAUCGAGGCCCUCCUCCCUGCGGCUGACCUUGAGGAUGGGGAGGAUGGGGGUGACGGGGGGUUCCUGUACCCCUACGCUUCCCGCCAAAGACAGGCCCUACUCCGGGCGGCAGGGGUGAGGCACAUCGACCGGGAGGAGAAGAGAGAGCUCCAUGCCCUGAGGAAAUCCAGAGAGGACUGUGGAUGUGACUGCCAGGGAUUCUGUGAACCUGAGACCUGCGCCUGUAGUCUGAACGGGAUCAAGUGCCAGGUGAGAGCAAAUGCAGAUGUGAGUGGCUGGGUUUGAACCCAGGGAGUUUUAGCCUGAUGAACAAAAGCCUUUUGGCAAUGAAUUAGAAUUCCCUCCCACACCUAGGUCAGAUGCAAACUUUAGUCAUAUAAUGUGCUAAGAUGUUCAGUCAAAGUAGACCUAAUGUGAUUUCUCUCCGCAACAGAUGGACCACUCCAACUUCCCUUGCGGCUGCACCAAGGAUGGUUGUGGGAAUACUAACGGUCGCGUGGAGUUCAACUCCAGACGGGUCCAGACCCACUACAUACACACUGUCAUGAGGCUGGAGCUGGAGAGGAGACUGCAGGACGAGACACUGACCCAGAGGAGAGACCCAGAGGAGAACCAAGAGGAUCUCCAGAAGCUCCAGGAUCAGGGGAAGCAUCAGCAGGACAGUGCCCAGGAGGAGGUGAGAUGCCCCUUCGGGUUCACCUUGGAAGAAGAGGGCCUCCCUCUCUCCAUCCCCACCACCCCUACCUUCCACUUCAGCUCUGAACUGUGUGAGGUUGGGGAGAAUAGUUGCUGUAGUGACAUGACCGACUCGUCCGGCUUCUCUGCCCAGAGCGAGGACUCCGACGUGGGAGGAAGCCCUCGACAGCACCAGCCUCUCUUGGAUGUGGAUGAUGGAGGUCUGGCCUGUGUCCUCAGCUUCUGUGACUCUGACAAUGAGGACUAUUCCAUGGGCAGUGAAAGUGACACAAAGUCGGGCAGACAACCAUCACCACACCUUCCCCAGUGUCUCAGCAGCUUCGACACGUCAUACGGUCUCUGUAAAGACACCACAGCCACCCUUGGCCUGUCCAACGCACCCAGUUCACACACAGACAAUACACAAAGGUACACAGAGAAGACACACAGACACACAGACAACAGCUGCCGCAGCGGUUCCUUCAUGGCCGAGUAUCAAGACGACAAUGCCAACCAAGCUACGGCCCUGUUCGCCCACAGUCCCCUCCAGGACUACCCCAACACACCCUCUCCCUCCAUAGACUACUCGUCCAGCAGCUACAUGGACCUCAGCCUCUCCUCUGACUCGGACUUGGAGCUCUUCGACAACUUCCCUACAGACUAUAGCUCGGCCCCUCUACACAACUCAUUCAAAGGUCACAAGCACCCGGACAACUUCCUGCAUCUACAGGUGUUGAGUUCUGCAAAUGUCCCACAGUUCAAUGAGACAGCUGGCGCCUGCCUCCUGGAGUCUCUGAUUGGCUUAUCUGAACCAAUAGAAACUCCUUCAUUCACAGACAAUCAGCUAUUAGAGCUGGUGAUUCAGUGACCAAUGGGCUGAACUGUCCGGGGUUUUGUGGGACCUGAUUGGCUCAUGGACAUUGAAACGAGCCUAGAAGUACUUUAAUAUGUACAGUCUACAGUUUGUAUUUUAAUAAGAUAUUUUAAUGUAUAGUAUGAGAUAUUUUAUUCAGAUGUAUUAAAUGUGAUGUUGUUGAGGUAGAGGCACAUUAUGGUUAUUCAUGAUUUAGACAGAAUAUUAUACAUGAGCAAGUAUUAUGUCAUCACUACAAGAUAUAACACUGUGUGUUUCUCAUGUUUCCUGAUGUCCACGUUUUUGAUGUGCUUUCCAGCAGUUAUUUAUAAAUGAUUAUUCAUAAAAAAGAAAAUGGCUUAUUAAUUUAUUUACUUUAUGCAUUUUAACUGAGGGGUUGUAUUGCUGUAAUCACCGUGAAAGAACCGUGAGACAGAUGGAGACAUUAAUUAUUUUUAUGAAUUGUAUUCAUGUGAAGUUUUGUUUAAAUUGCAAUCCGCAUAAGAUCAAGAAGGUUGCAUAAUAUUCAGAAUUACAACAUUUAUUCAUUUAAUAUUUUAGCUAAAUGUAUUGCUAUUUAUUUGUGUCAAAAUGCCUUAGUUUAAUGUAUUGGAGAUCCAUCUCUCUCCUCCACCAUAGGUAACUUAUUUUUAUUUGAUUUGCCUUGUUUGACACACUGAAAAGUAAUUGCUUUGCAAAAUAUCAUCCAUCGUUGGAAUCUGAUAUGUGCUCCAUGUAUUUAAGAAAGUUUUGCAUUGUCUGUCUUUUUAAGUUAUUUUUAAUGGAAAUAUAUUAGCAUUUACAAUGUGUUACUGAAUCUUGUAUUUUAAAGCAAACUCAAAUCAUUUAUCUAUGAAUAAACAUACAUCUUUUGGAA